ACUGCUGAGAAGAUUCACGCGUCGCAUUUCAUCAGCCUUUUUACGUCGAGACAUAACCGUCUGUUGGAUGUUAUAUCCUGACCAUGUCCGUCUCAGAUCUGUCUGUCGCAUCAUGACCAUAUCUUCGAUGAACCUACUCGAUCCCCCAUCUGACCAAGCAAGCCAGCACCCGAUGACGCCAUGGGUUCCCGCCUGGAACGCAACUCGGAUGCUGUCCGCAAGCGCAUCGCCAGCCAUACCUUCGACGAUGAGGACGGAGAGGAGUACGAGGGUUCGACGUUUGGAGGGUUUGGAGACUACUUCAGACGGAAGAAGCUGAAGUUGCAGAAUCUCGAUGCCGAUAUACGAGCCCAAAGUGUCGACAAGCCUGCCCUCUUCAAGGGUGUUGUGGCUCAUGUCAACGGCUACACCCAGCCUUCCCUCAACGAUCUCCACAAACUGAUUGUGCAACAUGGUGGAGGCUUCCUACAAUAUCUGGACGGCAAGACUGCAGUGACACAUAUCAUCGCCAGCAGCCUCACGCCAAAGAAGGCAGUGGACUUCAAAAGGUACCGCAUAGUUAAACCUGCAUGGAUCGUGGACAGCAUAGCAGCGGGAAGACUACUUCCAUGGAAUGACUACCGUGUGGUGGACGAGGGUGAGAAACAGAAGGUGCUCGCCUUGAGUGAACGACAUGUGCACACGCAAACGAAUGUCAGGAUGAGGGGCUACAGGGAGCAGACGGAAUCAAGCUGGUAUACAAGCCAGUUGCGAGACAGCCGGGAUGCCACGCCGAACAGUAGCCUUCGGUUACGCUUCUCGAAACAGAGGCUUCCUUCGCCAGACGAUGAAAUCGAGGAGGAUAUUCUUCCGCCGUCCCACCAACCUGAGCUAGUUUCAAGUGACGGAAAGUCGGAUUAUGUCGGAGGCGACAGCACAACGCCUGCACGAGUCGAAAGCCUUGUCACGCCACCGAAAACAAGUCCACCUUUGGAACUGCAAGAGGAUGUUCGUGUCAACUCAGAAAGUGCUGCACUCGACGAGGAGGAUGAUACCUUGUACGCGGAACCCACCAUCCCACGUGAAACGAACGCCGGGACAUUGAGCCCGGACCAGAAAGAUGUCGAGAGUCUCCCUUCAGAACAAGGCAGUGUGCGAUCCCCUAAAAGGAAGCGCGAACUUACCGCCGAGGAGCACAACGCCAUUCUCCUGCGCGAUCCCAAGAUCCGCAAAUCGACUGUAGUGGACCCGAACUUCCUCGAGCAAUACUACCGAGAGUCUCGGCUUCAUCAUCUCUCUACAUGGAAAGCUGAUCUGAAAUCGCAGCUCCAAGCCCUCGCCAACGAAAAGAUCUCGUCAGCAAAGAGUAAAGCGAAGAGACCUCCUGGGGCGAGACGAUACAUCUUGCACGUCGACUUCGAUAGCUUCUUUGCAGCCGUCAGUCUUAAAAAUCAUCCCGAAUGGAAGGACAAACCUGCUGUGGUUGCGCACGGUACUGGCAGUGGCUCCGAAAUUGCAAGCUGCAACUACGCGGCUCGCAAAUUCGGCAUUUCAAAUGGAAUGUGGAUGAAGAGAGCACAGGAACUUUGUCCGGAAUUGAAAGUGUUGCCUUAUGAUUUCCCCGCUUACGAAGAGGCCAGUCGAGCAUUCUACGAUGCUAUCUUGGCGACGGAUGGUGUAGUCCAGAGUGUCAGCAUCGACGAGGCGUUGAUCGACGUGUCUGCGGCAUGUAUAGAGGCGGGUGGCAGUGAUGGGAAGCACAUGUCAGAAGGCAGCGUUUACAGGGAGCAAACAAAAGCAGAGGAGAUUGCGCAGGCGUUGCGCAAUGAAGUCAAGCAAAAGACAGAAUGCAACGUGUCUGUAGGGAUUGGAGGCAAUAUCUUGCUUGCCAGAUUAGCACUGAGGAAGGCGAAGCCCGCAGGGCAGUACCAGAUCAAACCCGAGGAAAUGCUGGACUUCAUAGGAGGCCUGGAGGUGAAAGACUUGCCUGGGGUCGCCUGGUCCAUCGGCGGCAAACUCGAAGAGAUCGGCGUCAAAUACGUGAAGGAUAUAAGAGAGUUAACCAAGGAGAGGCUCGUACAGGCGCUAGGCCCUAAAACGGGCCAGAAACUGUAUGAGUACUCCCGUGGGAUCGACAAGACUGAGGUGGGUGAACAAGUGGUUCGCAAGUCGGUCUCAGCCGAAGUCAAUUGGGGUGUCCGCUUUGAAAAUCAGGAACAGGUGGACGAAUUCAUUGGGAGCUUGUGUGGUGAGCUGCAGAAACGCCUUUUGAAAGAGAAAGUCAAGGGAAAGCAGUUCACCAUGAAGGUCAUGAAGCGCUCCCCCGAUGCGCCUCUAGACCCCCCGAAACAUUUAGGACAUGGAAAAUGCGACACUUUCAACAAGAGCCUUGUUUUGGGUGUGGCCACGAAUGCAAAGGAGGUUUUAGCCAAGGAAGCGCUGAGCAUUCUCAAAGGCUUCGGUUUCUCUCCCGGUGAACUUCGGGGGAUCGGCGUACAAAUGACGAAGCUCGAGCCGAUGAAGAGUGCAACCGACGGCAGCGUAGAAAGUUCACAGCGCCGCCUUCAGUUCAAGAUGAACACCACAGCGCCGGUCAGCGCCCGCAAGCCUCCGAAGGCGGUAGAAGCAGAUCCAAUCCAGGACGAUCCCGAAACCCCAAAGAAGCCGAAACAUGGUGGCACGGAUCAUGUUGCCUUUGGAGCAACUGCGCUCAAUCAGUCCACUCCCUCGCGUCGUCCUCUCAACACACUGGGGACGCAAUUCCUCCUUCCCUCGCAGGUCGACCCCAAAGUCCUCGCAGAACUCCCGGAACACAUUCGAUCCAAGCUUCUCCGCCAAAGUCACACAACAUACCCCACUCCUGAUGCCCGUCCUGGUGCCCGCUCCUCUCGAGGCCUGUCACCAACUCCGGCUCCACGACAAGCUCGAGCUCCCUUUGCCCUAACUGCACUUCCAGCACACUCACAGCUGGACCCCGAGAUCCUCGCCGCCCUGCCUCCCGACGUCCGCGCAGAGGUUCUUGCGCAAUACGCGGCUGGUGGUACGCCAGGCUCGCCCGCUCGCUCCCCUCAUCGAAGACAGGCCGAUCAGACGGUGCUCCCACAGUCUCCUCGUAAGAAUAAACUGAUCGGCAUUCCUUCCAAGAAACCCAUUGUCCCACCUGUCAAACGCGGACGGGGUCGACCGCCCAGGUCUGCGCAGCUGACUGCUGCAGCUGCGGCGACGGCCAAGUGCGGAAAGACAGGGCAAACGCUCACGCAAGCAAAUUUCAUUCUUCCUCGUGCGGAACAGAUUGCAAGAGGUGAGGGUGCUGGAGAUGAUGAGUCCGAUGGGGAGGAGAGAAUAGUAGAAGGUGGCCCGGAUAAGGAGUUCCUUGCGGCGCUGCCCGAAGAUCUGAGGAAGGAGGUGCUGGAGGACUACAUGAGGCAGAAGUUGAAAGCUUCACGGCUUGCAGUCCCUGCCGCAGCUCAUCCCUUGUUCGGAGCAGCUGUGGCGGCCCAGGAACAGGUACCAGUGAAGAGGGAGCAGAUAAUCAGAGUGCCACGACCGGUGCGGCCUACGUUCACCAAGGAGCGAUUGUCGGAAGAGCAGGAUCUCAGAGCGGCAAUGAAGCAUUGGGUGAAUGAGUACAGGGAUGAGGGGCCGUAUAAGGAAGAUGCGGAUGCUCUGGCAAGGUAUCUCGGAAGAGUCGUCAGUGAAGAGGGUGAUUUGGCAAAGGCAGUGGGAGUGGUGACGUGGCUGCGAUGGCUUGUUGAGGAAAUGAGCGAUGAGGGGGAAAAUGCGUGUGUGACGGAAGAGGUGCUAAAGGAAUGGAGAGAGGCUCUCGGUGUUGUUAAGAGCGGAGUGCUAGAGGCGGCUCGGAAAAGAGGCUUGGGUGAUGUGGCGUUUGACUGA